AGAACUCUAGUUGAGUGUGUGAUAGUUAUAGUCUAUGGCAGAUUAUUAGUUUGUCUUUUAAGAAAAAUAAUUAUAUCUUUAAUUUUUGUAAUAUUAUGCCUGGAAACGAAGAUAUUGCGGUUUUACCGCCUAAACUAUCUGGUGGUCCAAAAGGUUUAGGCGAUCCAGACGAUAAAACAUUAAGAAAAGUAGAAGUAGAUGUGAUGAUACCAAAAAAAAUGAGAGAAGUCGCCAGAAAUGAAAAAUGCACUGAAGAAGUUAACCAUUUUAAUGAGUGCUGUAAAAAUAAUAAUGUUUUAAUGGUAAUCAAAUGUAGAAAUGAAAACGCUGCUUUAAAGGAAUGUUUAACAAAAUGGUACCAAGAUAAAGAUUUUCAGGAAAGGUGUAAAAACGAAUAUUUGGAGGAAAGAAGUAAUUUUAGAAGAACAGGUAUAACACAGAAGCAAAAACAAUUAGGUGCGUCGAUGUAAUUAUUUUGUUAUAUUCAGAUAAACAGUAGAAAAUAAAUAAACAAUACAAUAUUA